AUGGCGGAUCCGCUUAAACAGACUAAGGCUUCUGAUUGGCCAUUGGUUGUGCGUGCAUGCAAUCACGCGUUAGGCGAUGACGUGUCCAGCAAACUUCGAGGGUUUGUCCGUAAAUUUGGUAAUACUGUGGAAGUUGAUGGGUGCCUAGAAGAUGUUCAUAAGCGUCUAUCUCAAAUUAGACAGUUCCAACAACGAAAUCUACCCAAAAGCGGCAACUUGGAGGAAAUUACGGAACUUCAGGAUAGAAUAUCACAAAUAAAAGUAACUCAGAGAGAACUGUUUACUCAACUCGAGGGAAGAGGACACAUUUGGACAGACCUUCAAGAACAUUACAAGGCAUUUACUCAUCACCUGGAGCAAGCAAAUUCAGAUAUUUUAAGUAAUCACCCGGAUUAUCCGUCCAGUGUUAGUUUAAGGCAGCUAAAACAGAUUUCAGAGACCAUCGAUUCAAUUAGGCAGAAAGAAUCCAGCUAUGCUACAACAUUGGAAAAUCUAAAAAGUCGAUUUUCUUCAGGAAUUGAUUCAAAGUUGGCAGAAAUGCGUCUUCUAUGUGGUCGUCUUGGUAAAGAUGUAGAAGAUUUACUUGAAGCUGAGGAAAAGCAAGCUGAUGAAAUGAAAUCUAAAGUCGAGGAAGCUGAAACAAUGCAAACUGAAAUCGUUCGAAAUUCAAUAAUUUUAAACACAACGUUUCACCUUGCGAAAAAGAUAAUUGAGCAGUCUAAUGAGAAGCUAGAAGGUUUGAUUAAAUCGAAGAGAUCAAGAGGACCUGACGACCUUCUGAAUGAAAUUAGAUCGCUUUCAACUGAUCUCAAUCAAGAAGGCCAGAAUUUAGUGGAUGGCUUUUCGUCUGCCGUUAAAGAUCUCCAGAGGGCUUACAUGGAACCACGAGUGGCUCCACAAUUCCUUGGAAAGCUUACUGAAUCCCUUCCGGAAUGCCUCAAUGAAUUGUCUAAACGGUUAGACAAAGUGAAUUUAGAGGUCACUGCAAAGGCAACAGUGAUGGAUGAUCUUUGCUUGGAACUUCAGAAAGAGAUAUCGAACUUAGAGGUGGAAAUCGAUAAAAUUUCGGAUCUCAUCGAAAGAAGUGAAGAGAUAAGUUCACCACAAGAAAUUGCGGCUAUUCAGGCGAAAUUGAAAGAGUCAGAAGGAAUUUAUAGUACUGCGGCGGCUCGGGUCAAACGAAUAGUUUCUCAAACAUCGAAGGUUAAAACGAGUGACCGACUGCAGGAUUUAACAUCGGAAGCGUCCAAAAUGAUUUCAGAGUGCCAAAACAAACUUGAAUCUCUGAAGUCUGCCCUGAAGCAGAUAACUUCUCAACUUGAAAAACUGAAUAAGUCUAUCUCAACAGCCCGAGAGGCUGUUAAUGUGAAUAUCGCUGCAAUUCAACAAAACGUUCAAUUUCGACUUCCAAUACGAAAGGUGGAGGAGUUGAAAAAGCGGCUUGAAACCAUAGAAUUGCUAGAAGAGGAUCUAGCAAUCGCAGAGGGCACUUCUAUAAUGGAGCCUCCCAUUUUGGAAAAAGAAAGUUUGAUGCCUGGCAUAGUAAGCAAAUUCAAGGAUAUUCAACAGUAUUCAGAUUCAUUUUCAACGCCAUUUGUUGAGGAGCUCUUAACAAAACUUCAAAGUCAAUUGAAUAUCUACCGUGAAGGCCUUCUAAAGGCACGUGAAUCUCUGGAAAGUGCUAUAGAAGCUGCUGAUAUUUGGAUGGCAGAUUCAGAGAUUCAAUUAAAAGCAUUUCAAUCAGUGGCACGAGAUCUUGAAAGUUCAGGUCGUACUCCGACACUGGAUUUUGAAAGCUCUCAAACAGCAAGAAUGGAAGGUCUUCAGAAGUCUAAAGAUUUAGAGCGGUCCUGGCUACCUCAGCAGAUCAGAAAAGUUGAUAAAUUAAUGCGAGACGCUAGUACUACUGUAAUGGGAGCGUUUUCGCUCUCCAAUAUUGAUGAAAUUUGCGAGAGAAUGGAGGAACUUCAAAACUUCGUCAAUUCGGCUAAAGCAGGAAUUGCUAAAGCCACUCUGACAUGGGAGGUUUAUGUUUCCGAGGAACGAGAAUUAAAACAACUUUUGCCGAUGCUGGAAGAUAUCUAUGAUCAAUUAAGCAAAGACAUGGAUGAUAUCGAACCCCGAUAUAGGUACGCGCCGGUGGAAGAGGCGGAGGAGAUGCUAGUAAGACUUCAACGCUUGAAAAAUCGAGUACCUGUUGGUAAUAACUUAUCAACCAAGGUUCGUUCAAUCCUGAGUUCUAAUCCAUCAGCUUUGAAUAGUUCGCCUCUUCUAAAUAAGUGGGAAAAUCUCAGCGUACAUCGUCUGGACUCAUUAAUUAAAGCCAUCGAAGAAGUGAUCGCUGAAAGGACAGGGCAUGAACUUGAAAUUCAAAGUCUUCAAACCUGGCUCGAAGAAUUUCAGCACAGUGUCCAGCAAGCAACUAUUGAAGCCCAGAGUUCAAGCAACAUUCAGACUUUAAAUGACAAUCACAUACAACUCAAAUCAAGGCUAAAUCAGUGGGAAAAGGAUAGUCUUGAGCCAUUUUCAAGAAAAUCUGGAGCUAAGGAGAAGUUAGCUACCUUAGAUGGAAUCCGGAAUUCUAUCCAAUGUCAAAUGGAUCAACUUGAAAGAUCGAUUAAAGAGAAAGCGAAUUCUCACAAAAUUAUCGAAGAUAGAUUCAAGGAGUUCGUUAGAGAAGUAGACGGCUUCCGAGCAGAAUUGGAAAGUCGAAACUUUGCGUCUUUGAAAGGAGGAUCUGAAGCUACGACAGCUCUUGAGGUUUGCGAUGGUCUUCGGAGAAGUCGAGAAUCGCUGAAAAACAUCCACGAAACAACUAUUGAAGCCCUAUUUGGUAAAUUGUAUUCAUUUGAAUGCGACGCCUCAACUGUUCCAAGCAUGUCAGAAGCUGUUCAGGCCAUCAGGAAGAAAUUAGAGGGAGCAAGAAAGUCACUCCAGUUGUUGGAUGAAAACAUUGUGUCUCAAAUUGCUGCCUGGGAGGAAGUUAUUUCUCUGUGCAAAAAUAUCGACGGCUGGUUCUUAGAACAUGAUUCGAAGAGGAUUAAGAAAAGAAAGGAAACUAAUGAAUUUGUUGCAUUUCCCAUUGAAGCUUUCAACAAGCUUGAAUCUCAGAGAAAUAUGCAACGGCUUGAGACUAUUGCAGAAAAGAGGUUUAAGGAAGUUGAUGAAGCUAGAAAUCGAUUGGAUGCUUCAGGCGCAGUGAAAGAAGUGAUUGAACAGCUGAGAAAGAAAGCAGAGAGGAUAUUGGAAGGAAAGGCGCUUUUGAAAUUCAUGCUGGAGAGCUAUGAAAGUAGGCUGAAUGAAAAGAUGGAUAUCGACCAAGCCAAUUUAUCUAAUGCUGAAAAGUCUCAAGAUAGAAUAAAGAAGCUGCUACAGGCUAUUAGCAACCUAGACAAUGUGGUACUUGAUUGCAAUAAGGAAGCGUUCACUUUGGAGGAAAUGAACAAGAAAAGUGAAGAUGUUCAAGCUCUCCUUGAAGCCGAGAUAAAGCCACUGGUUUUGGAAGAUUUUGAAUUACGGGUGCAGAUUGCUCGAGGUGAAAGGUUACUCCAAUUGCUGCAAACGUGGAGUCGAGAGAGACAGGCACACGAGAGACUUAUCGCCUCGGAACGGGAGUCCCUGAAAGUCUUCACGGCCAGCUUACGCCAAUGGUUGGUCCAGUGGAAUAAGAAUUUAGAAGAGGCAAAAGCAACUGCUGAUUUAGAACUUGGAAUUCAACUUACUGCCACCGAUUCAUCGACUAAAUGUCAUUAUAUGGAAAAUAUGAGGGGUCUGUUGCAAGAGCAGCAGAUCAAAAAAGGGGAGAUUGAAGAGGUGGAAAGGAAACGUGGAAGUCUAAAUUUAAAGGAAUUGGAGGCGGAAGAUUCCGAAUUAACUGCAUUGAUUGGAGAUAUUUCAUCUGGAGAACGCAAAGCUAAUCGACACAUUUUGGAAUUAAGCGAACGAGGUGCCCGAGUAGAAGGUCUUCGUGGGAGCCUCGACAAAGCCAGAGACUGGAUCAAAUCAACUAAGAAGCGCCUUGGAAAAUUUAAAAAUCCACGCAUUGGUCUGAAUUCCUUUGAUGAAAGAGAAGGCAGCCUUUCCUCUGAGGAUGUCGAAGCUGUAGCUGCCGAUCUGCGACAGGAACUCAAUCACUCGCUCAGUCUUCUGCAAGCCUCUAUGGAAAAGUUUGACAAUAGUGGUGGCGAUGCCUCACUCCUUCAAAUCGCCCUUACUGAAGUGGAUAAAAUCGAUGCGGAGAUUGGGCAACUUCUCUCUGAAGUCUCACGAACUAAAGCCAACCUUAACAGCUAUUGCGUGCACUCAGCCAGUCUUGACAAAUUCAUCCAAAGUUCAACCGAGUCAGUGACAACAAAUUCGUCAAGAUUGAGUGGCCUUUUAAAGAGGUGCCUUGCAGGUGAUCGACGAAUAAGAUCUCUAUCCCCUCUUCGCGUUUCAACAAAUCGUCUCAUGCCACAAAUGGAGAGAAUAGUUCUUGAAUUGACGAGUUUAGAUGACUUGGCCUGGUUGAAUGGAAGCGAUAUGCUAGUUCAGGAAUUAAGGUUCAUAGAGGCAGACAUUAAAAUGAACGCCGCUCAAUUUCAAUCGAUGGUGGAUCAGUGCGCAGUUCUUCGCAGAGAUUACGGUGAUGACAGCCGAAGUACUCAAGUUGAUCACCUCUUCCAGCAGAAUAAUCAACUCCUCCGGGUUUGUGAGGAAUUAAUCGACCAUUUCAACAAUGUGGCAACUCAAUGUACAACUUGGAACUCUUCAUGCCAGGGUUUUGUUAACUGGAUGGAUAAGCAGACUGUUUCGAUCUCGAGGCUUGAGGACUCUUCCAUGAAUUCAACUCCCACUGAAAAGACCCUCAAAGAGUUGAAGACUCUUCAGACGGAGUUGAACACGGGACUCGCCUUACAGCAAGCAGUGGCUGAUGAGACGCAGAAAAUGACUGUAGCUGUUUCCAGAGCUCUUCACUCCGCAAAUACAACUUCCACGCUCAUUCCGAUUACUACACCACGCGUUGCAAGUAGACAGGGCUUUGAUUUCUCGGUGAAUUAUCGCUGGCAUAGUAGUAUUAUGUGCGCUGUGACGACUUUAUACGAACUUACAAAGUCCUUGCCUGCGAAAAUAAGUGAAUAUGAAAGAAGGCUUGCCCUGUGGACUGAAAUAAAGGAACGAAAGGCGAAUCUCGUGAAGUGGCUUGACGCAACAGAACAGAAGGUGUCAGAAAGUAUACAGAUUAUUGAAGAUCAGGGGCAAUGUGAAGGAGAAUCUGUGUGGGGUCGACAAAUGGAGGAAAUGAAAGCUAUCGAAGCAUUAGUUCCGUCGAAGAGGGGUGAAUUGAAGAAUGUUGAGACGGAAAUCCUACAUUCUUCUUCAAAGUCACCUGAUUCUGCCCUAACGGAUACGUUCAAUAAGCUGAAUGUUCUCGAAGCCCGCCUUAAGGGCCAUCUUGGAUUUAUGAGCGACAUUCAAGAACGAGUUGAUGAUUUUAACAGAAUGACAAGUGAAUUGGAGUCCUGGUUGCGUCAGUGUAAAAGACGAUCGUCUCAAAUGGAUGCUGAACAGGGUUCAAAUAUGCUAGAACAUUGUCGACGUAUUCUCCACGAGGUGGUGAUUAAAGUCACAAGCAGGUCACGACAGCGAUCCCAUACAUGGAGGCUCAGUGAUACUUGCCAGAUUUUACAGGAUUUAAGUACUCAAAAAUCUGCCGCUGCUACAUAUGUCUGCUCUAUUGUUCGGCAGUACCAAUCUCUGGAAGAAAAAUUCGAAAAUUUGACCAAAUCUAAAAUUCCAGCAAAGAUAUCUGAUACACCAACGAUGGAUUGGCAGUACUUCCGUCGUCUAUUGAGGCAAAUCCAGUUAUAUUUGGAUGAUUAUUCGGCAAAUAUUCAGGGAUUACUGCCUACACGUGGUUACGACGAUGCAACUUGCAAACUUGGCAUUGCGAAAUCAGCCCUUUAUCGCUUGGAGGAUUUCUCAAUUCAACUUACCAAUUCUGCUAAUGCUCUAAGAGGCGGCACUUCCCAAAGUCCAAAUCAUUUAUCUUCCACUGAAAUUGAACAAAUUGUUAGUAGCUACGAUUCCUCUAUGGUGGAUACUGCAAGAGAGACAUUAGCCAGAAUGGAAGCGACCAUCGCAAAGCUACGGUCUUUAGUUGACAACCUCCAGAAAUUGCAAAAUGAUUGGCAAAAUUACAACUCCAAUGUGGAUUCAUUCCGCAAAUGGUUGCACAAGAAAACCCUAUCUAACGGAAGAGAUUAUAGGGGAAAUUUCGUGGAAGAGGUUAAGAAGGAGGGUGAUCGUUUAAAGAGUCUUCAGGCAACUUUCCUAAAACUCAGUGGAAAUAAAUCACAAGGUGAUCCUGAGUUAGAAAAAUUGCAAGCUGAAUAUAGGCGACUCCUCAUGCGAAAAGAUCCUCGAGAGCUAUCACAAGAGAGUCCUCGAGGGAUUUCAGAGGUGUCAUCUAAUAGAAGUUUGAGGACUGAGGUAUUAUCAGACCUACUUCAAACUGUCCGUCACAUGAAAUCUGAUGUUGAUCAAGCGGACAGAAGAGCGGAUAGAAGUCGUCUGGAAUGGGUUAAAAGCGACCGAGCUUGGAGAAUUUCAAAGAUGGCAUUUCAUUGUCAUAUCUGUGGGCGUCCGGAUCCAUCGAAAAGUGGACUAGAUUCCGACCUUGCAAAUCCUUCUAAAGCGUAUCGAAUGUGA